AAAUACAUAAUUUUUGCACGAGUCCCCUCGUUGACUAUAAACUUACUUAUGAUCAAUGCACCUCUGCAACCACCAAGCAUGAAAAAUGUACAAUCUUGAUUAUGAGAUCUAGAUGGCCGAUUGUUGACGAAAUUGAUUGUUUACAAUUACAGCUUAACGAGUCUCUGCUAGCGAGCGGAAUAAAUCGAUGAAAGGAGGUUAUGGUACUCUCCGUACGUUCUUUUAGAAACAAUGCAUUUUCUCGAUUUAACCAGUCUUUAAUAUCAAAACCACAGCGUUAUUGCUUUUUUAUUUUCUUGUGUUUAGUUCCAAUAGUCUUUUUUGUGAUAUUUUUCUCCUCCACUAGCACUAGACCUAAUAUUGCUGAAGAGAUGUCGGGCACACCUGGUAUUCCAGACAAGUUGUGGCAACCAAAGUUUACUGUGUUAGAUACUUCUAUGGGAGAAGUAGUAAUUGAACUAUAUUGGAGACAUGCUCCGAACACAUGCAGAAAUUUUGCUGAACUCUGUCGUCGAGGAUAUUACAAUGGAACCAAGUUCCACAGAGUAAUUCGAGACUUCAUGAUUCAAGGUGGAGACCCGACUGGGACUGGCAAAGGUGGUUCUUCCAUCUAUGGUCGGACGUUUUCAGAUGAAAUACACGAAGACCUUAAACACACGGGAGCUGGUAUAAUAUCCAUGGCUAACUCGGGUCCUGACACUAACGGAUCACAGUUUUUCAUAACUCUCGCUCCUACUCAAUGGCUCGAUGGAAAACAUGCCAUAUUUGGUAGAGUUCAUUCCGGAAUGAGUGUUGUGAAGAGAAUCGGAUUAGUAGAAACUGACAAAAACGAUCGACCCACAGAUGAUGUUAAGAUUGUGCGUGCGUACAUUCGAUCAAACUAAAAGACUUCACUAUUUUUACUAUAGGCCUAGUUAAUAUGACAAUUGGCAUUUUGUACUUUUUAUCUGUAAAUACAUUUUAUUCAAAUGAUGAAA